AUGGGAAGGAAGCAGGCAAGUCUCGUCCCCACCACAGCCUCCUUGCGCUCCCUCCUCCCUUCCCUCACUCAUGUCAGAAGCCGGCGGCGAGGGACCACGGCGCCCAGGUCAGGCGAGACCACCGCCGACGGCGGCCUCCACCUGUUGUUCGUUCUCGUUUUUUUACGUCGGAUCCAGGGCCGUAGAGGGCGACCACCACCUAGACACAACAUGAAGAUGCAGGUGCCAGAUCCGGCAGCGAGGAAACCAUCGCCGAGUCCCCAGCUCCGAUCUACUGAGCUCUUCCCCGACCGAGAAAUCUGCAUCGCCGAUUGGCCCUCGUCCACGCCGCCCCACCUAAGUGUGCUUGGUCACGGCAAUGAUAUUUGAUGAUUUGUGUCAUGUGGGAUCGACGACCAGCCAGGAGCACGACGUUUAUCGGGAGCAGCAGGCCCGUCUGGGCUGCUACAUAUAGCGGAUGAGGAGCCCAUUCUGCCAACAACUCCUUUGCUCGCAGCAUGAGAGCUCCAUCCGGCAUGGAUAGCGAAGAAGACACCUCUUUAGACCAUCAGCACAUGGCUGUUGAUCUCACUCCUGCCGGCAUGGAUACGCUCUCUAACAGAUCAAACAAAGGCAUCACCGAGCUAUCAGAUUGUUCUAAUCCUGGCUGUGGUGUUGUUGAUUCAAUCACAGCGAAUCCAGAGUUCUCAGAACUGCAUUCUGGAAGAUCGGCACCUAAGCGGAAAAGUAAACGGGAAGCGUUUGAAGGAAUGGACUACAGAAUUGCCCCUGCAGUAAAAAGUCCGUUCCAGAAGUGUGUGGAGCGCGCUGCUUUUAGGGACGAUGCAGAUGUGUUCGUUCCAAGUGUUGGAACAAUCUUUGAUUCAAAGGAUGAAGCCUACGAUUUCUACAACAUGUUCUCUUGGGAGUGUGGUUUUGGUAUGCGCUAUGGAAAGAGUAGCACUAAUAACAAAAAUUACAGAACAAUGCAGGACAUCGCUUGCCAGGGUGCGGGCAAAGAAGAAAGGCCCAACACAACAACAUGCCGCACUGGUUGUGAAGCUCGUAUAAGACUACAUCGAACUGACGACCAUGGAUGGUAUGUGACCGUUUUCAUUAACAAGCACAAUCACCCACUAUCUGUGAAGUGUGGCGAGAAAAAACAGUGGAAAUCACAUAGCGUUAUAAGUCCUUUAGCAAAGGAUUUUAUUCGUAACCUCAGGGAGAACAACAUCAGGUUUGACCAGAUAUACAACAUAUUAGGGUCAGGUCUUGGCUCUUCUCUAGGCGUGCCUUUUAGGAAGCAGACAUUGAGAACUCUGUGUGCAACCAUAGCUCAUGAUUCCAUCGCUGAUGAUAUGGCCAAAACCACUAGUAUACUUCAGGAUAUGAGUGCCACAGAUCCGGACUUCAAAGUUUGUGUGCAAGUAGACGGUGAAAGCAGGGUGAAAACAGUAAUAUGGUGUAAUGGUAAAAAUCGGCUGGAUUAUGCACAUUUCGGUGAUGUGGUUACUUUUGACACCACUUACAGGACCAACCUAUAUAACAUGCCAUUUGGGCUUUUUGUUGGUGUCAAUAACCAUUUCCAGUCUAUUAUUUUUGGCGGCGUCCCCAUGGUUGAUGAAAAGACUCCCACAUUUGAAUGGGCAUUCAGAAACUUUAUUGACUUGAUGGACGGGAAACAUCCUACUACUAUAUUGACAGAUCAAUGCAAAGCUAUGCAAAAUGCUUUACGAAGUACAAUGCCCCACACCCGUCAUAGGUGGUGCAGAUGGCAUGUGUUAAAGGUCUUGAAAGAGAAAAUUGGACACGUGUACAACAAACAUUCUGCCUUCAAGAAGGAAUUCCACGCGAUAGUAAAUGAAGAGACGGAUGUAGAAUCAUUUGAGCGAAAGUGGCAUCAAUUGAUUAAAAAAUACAAACUUCAAGGAAACAAGUACCUUCGCAGGAUUUUCAAGUGGAGGGACAUGUGGGCAAUGCCAUACUUCAUGGGCACAUUCUGUGCCGGGAUGACCAGCACGCAACGGAGCGAGAGUGCGAAUCAUCUCCUCAAAAAGUUCAUCAGCAGAUCAUCCCCAAUGCACUUGUUUGUUAAGCAGUACAACAAAUUGCUUGAUUCCAGGAGCCAGGCAGAAGACGAGGCAAAUUAUGUCAGCAAGCAGACACGGCUUGUAAUUGGCGCUACUAUCGAGAUAGAUGCAGCGGCUGUGUACACGAAGGCCUUGUACAAAAAAUUUUCACACGAACUUUUUAGAUCAGGCUCAUUUGAUGCACGCCGUUCCAAGCCUGGACACGUCUACAAGGUCAAAUUGUCGCCGCAACUAGCCUUAACUGAUUAUGACAAAAAGGUAUUCACCGUCAAAGUGGAAGACGGUGGGGACUUUGUCACAUGUGAUUGUGGAUUUUUUGAUCAUGUCGGCCUGUUGUGCUGCCAUUCAUUAAAGGUAUUAGUUUAGAACAAUAUUGGCAAGAUUCCACCAAGGAAUAUAGUCAAAAGAUGGACUUUAUGGGCAAGGGAAUCGAGACCACUGCACCUGGCAAACGAGGGUGAAAUGGGGGAGCUGUCUUCCCAAACUACGUAUAGAAGAAAUGUUCUAUAUGUGGCUGCUAUGGACCUUAUCAAGGAGGCAGAAUCCGGGUCUGAGUCAUUCCAAACGGCGUUCGCAGCUAUAUGUGAGGCAAAAGAAAAAAUUGCAAGUAAGAAGGCUUCAGAUAUGCUUAUUGAUACUAUCGCCGAACAAGCAAAUCCUGUCCGGCAUACCAUAACUGAUGUUGGGUCAGAAACCCAACUUCUUCCUCCACAACGUGUGCUGUCUAAAGGACGACCUAGCUCCCUUCGCCCAAAGAGUCGUAUGGAUUACAUUGUGGCUAAGAAAGCUAGAAAACACUACAAGGACGGCCCAUGCCAUGCUCAUGAAGAUACUGCCGGUCCAAUGCCACCCCCUCCAUCCAAAAAAAGGAUUGUGAAGUGUAGCCUAUGCAAGAUUCCGGGGCACACAAAGGGUAAUUGCACUGCUAGGGGAGUCCGAGCGCAAAUGUUCUCAUGUGGUUAUGCAAGUUUAUGUUCAGUGUCACUUCAUUUAACCUGUAGCGUCCUUGGUGUACUAUGUUUUGUACUGUAUUUUAUUUUUACA